ACUACCCCUAUGGAAACUACUGCUUGCUGACAUGCAGCAUGCGAUAUGCAACAUGAUUAUGUAGUUGAACCUCAAACGUGUAAGUCAGUGCUGUCACUCUGGAUGGAACCUAUACAGCCUCCGUUUAAUGUUAUUGGCACCAUUUGUUGUCACGGCAGUACUUAACGAAAUUCAGUUUACUCAUGUGACAUUAUGUACGCUAGCUAGCUGUAUCUAAUUGGCAGCCUUAUGGGAUCCAGCAAUCAGUGAGCAAUUACCUUGGGUAACACUGGCUAACUUAUCUGCUACAGAGGUCGGCCAAAUGUGGACAACAAGCUAAUGGGAACCUGAACAUCCGGAACGAAGGAGUAUUCUGGUCUGCAUCAAGAUGAGUUCCCAAAGUUCUCCAGAGCACUUGGAUAUCACGCCGGUCCAGCAGAUGGUUGCCUCCUGCUCGGGUGCCAUCCUCACAUCGCUACUGGUCACACCAUUGGACGUUGUUAAGAUCAGACUUCAAGCUCAGAAGACCCCUUUGCAUAAAGGAAAAUGUUUUGUAUACUGCAACGGACUCAUGGAUCACUUAUGCGUAUGCGUGAAUGGAAAUGGAAAGGCUUGGUACAAAGCCCCAGGGCACUUCAGUGGAACCCUGGAUGCAUUCAUAAAGAUUAUCCGUGGAGAAGGACUGAAGUCGUUAUGGAGUGGGCUCCCACCAACACUAGUCAUGGCUGUGCCAGCAACAGUGAUUUAUUUCACUUGUUACGACCAGCUUUGUGCCACGAUGAAGAGCAGAAUGGGAGAGAGAGCUGAUCUUGCACCACUGUUAGCUGGAGCCAUUGCUCGGGUGGGCUCUGCUACAGUGAUAAGCCCACUGGAGUUGAUCCGCACAAAACUGCAAUCAGAAAGGCAGUCCUAUCAGCAACUCCGUGCCGUGAUUCGCUCUUCAGUGGUGAAUGACGGAUGGCUCUCCCUAUGGAGGGGCUGGGGCCCCACAAUCCUCAGAGAUGUCCCAUUCUCAGCCAUGUACUGGUAUAACUAUGAGAAGAUGAAGAUAUGGCUGUGUGAGUACCAUGGCACCAGAGAGCCCACCUUCAGCAUCACCUUCAUCGCAGGAGCUCUGUCCGGAUCGAUUGCUUCCAUCGCCACACUGCCUUUUGACGUGGUGAAGACUAGGAGACAGGUGGAGCUGGGGGAACUACAAGCUAUGAACUUGUCUGCCAAGGCGAGGGGCUCUACACUGGAGGUGAUGAGGAGGAUAGUGGCUGAGAACGGGGCAGCUGGACUCUUUGCAGGGUUCAUGCCCAGGCUAAUCAAGGUGGCCCCGGCCUGUGCCAUCAUGAUCAGCACGUACGAGUACGGCAAGGCCUUCUUCCGCAAGCACAACCAGGAGCAGAGAGGAGAGAGGACGCUGGUUGCUCUCCACACGAGCAGCUCCUAAAGGCCGGACCAUGGUGACUCCGUGACGUGAGUGGCUCGUUUGUUUCAGAGCCACGUAGGGAAAACGAAGCAGAAUUUGAAGUGCUUUUUUUACAUUCCUCCCCAGAGGACGCAAAGGGACUGGGUCUUAUGUGGGGCCUUUGGGCACUGUUCUCUUUGUAAUGGCUCCAGAGAGAACCAGUUGCAUUCGCGAGGAGGGAUGUGCAUAUUCAUGGUGUAUUUCUAUGAGAGAAUUCAAAACAGUGGGCUUUCUGUUUUCUAUAAUGGACGUCAACGUUCAGAAACUGUGCCACUGACAACUACCCUAGUCAUUUGAAUUGGAGCGUUUAGAGAGACCGUGCAUAUGAGUUUUAUUUUGUGAUUUAAUCACCCCACCGCCAUCAUUUAACCACAAGUGUGCAACAGUUUGUGCAUAUGGACCCAGACCAGUCAUUCCUUGGACUGAUGUUAUAAAUGCAGUGUCUUGAAGAGUAACCCCAUCUAAUGGUGAAAGGCUCUUACUGAGGUGGGACUGAUCUAAUUAGAGUGGUCUUGUUUGUUGAAACUGAAAUGUGUACCUGCUCCACAAAACUAAGUGCAUUGCUGUGAUUCUGUGCUUGCUGGAGUGCCAUACCUGAAAUGUAAAUUAUACAUUGAAGAGAAAAGAAAAAAGUGUAAAUACUGAAUAAUGUCAUCCCAGUAAAUCAGUUUUUAUUGUGGAGAGGCCGUAACUACCACGAAGCACUUUCAGUUACACUCCUUAACCAUAUGCACAAUAAGGCAGAAGUGAACUACUUUUAUUAACAGUGAACAUGUCGAUGAUGCUGUGAAGUCAGAAGAAGAAAUCUUCUCUCCCCGUCUAAGGUCUUUGGUAUUUCCCAAAUAUUGGUAUGUCUGCGUUAUGAUGAAGCUGGGAUUGUGUCCGAAGCAUGAACGCCGCUGUGAGCACGAGUGGUCAAACCAGAGCCAUUAGAUUAUGUGUGCUGCCCCUUACCUAUGCCAAAUUGCUGUGCUUUGUCACAGUAAUCAUUAUGAUUCCAUAAAGGUCUAAUCAAACAUCUUUAAGGUAUACUAUGCAGGUUCAGGUAUUUUUGGCAGCAACUGAGUUGCAAUAUAGGCUAUUUAUAUUUAUUUUACUCUGCCGUUAGCUAUGUAUAUAUAUAUAUAUAUAUAUAUAGCUUACUUCUCACGGCUUGUUCUGCCUGUGCACAAUGAAAAUGCUUUUGUUGCGGGCAUGAGGGAUUAACAACAGGCAAAAACCAUCUCCAAAGAGCUAGCUAUAACUACUGACAAGGUCAUGUUUGACGAUUCUCGCGAGAUGUCUUUCACUGUUCUUGAAAUUGCAUGGCUGGUUCUCUCGUUAGCGACUCACUACAUCUAUGGUGUAUAGCUAUGCUAGGUGAAUUAUUCCCCUAUUCCCCUAUAAGUUUGUUUACCAUCAAAUUGGCUUCUUAAAGGUUAUAUUAUGGUGAAAAUAUUGCACAGUGUACCUUUAAGUGCUGUGGACACUGGCACUGAAAUAAGUGUGGUGCACUCUGCCUUUGAUAUUCACCGACAUUAAAAUUGUUCUCAACCCCGCAAACCAGCUGUGCUUUGUCACAAUGACCAUUCUGACUUCUGAUCAAAGAUCUUUGAGUGUAGCGCUCUAAAAUCGUUGGUUCUAGGUCUCAGAAAGCCUGAAUGCCACCACACCACAUUUUAUACUCCUGUUCCCUUCUACCACCAAUACCUCAGUCCACAUAGUUAGGAAAUAAAUAAUCCAGUCUCAGUAUAAGGUUGAAGGAUAGUCACUGAAAAGCUAUAAUCAUAUGCACAUCGGUCAUUAACACGAUCAUUGGUCGUCUGUCUGUCUUAUAUUCUGUUGUAUUCUAUUUGUUAGUACAGCAAUAAAAAAAAUAAAAAAAACACUUGCCAGUUUUUGUUAGU